AUGUCAUCAUCAACGCGAUAUAAUUCAAGUAAUACACAAGAUAAUUCAGAUAAUUCACCAUCACUUAAUAAUGUUUUGGAGAUUGCCAACAAAAUCGAAUAUAAGAUUGGGCCAGUUACAUUUCCUUCUUCACAAACGGCAUCAUCAAUACAAUUAAUUGAUUUGAUAAGAGAAAUACUUGAUCUUUGUGAUAAUGUACAACAAAUUCGAGAAGUUCUUACAAAAUUUAAAGAUUCUAAACAAAGUUUCGAUUUAGUUAAAAAAAUUGAAAUCGAAAAAAAGAUUAAAGUAUUAUCAGAUUUCAAUAAUCAUAUAGAAUCUAUAUUAUCGGAUAAACAAUCUUUGAUAAUGAGAAUUAAAGAUCCUUUUGUUGGAGAACAUAUUAAUAUCGAACCGGAAUAUCACAGAGCUUUUUCAGAAUUAUUCCCAGGUAUUACAAAAAGUAUUGCAUCAUUACCUAAUGAUAUUGAGAGCACUUUAUGGAUAAAAAAUCAUUCUAUCACAGAUGAUAAGAUUAGUAAUCAAAUCUAUGGAAUUGCAUCUUUAGCUGCAAUGUAUGGAAAUUAUUUUGAUAGUCUUGAGAGAGUUAGACAAUUUUUAAAGCAAAUAUAUGACAUUGACACAGGAAAGGGUAAAGAUUAAUUUACCGUAUUGAUGGAAUAAUCAUUCUUGUAAAUAAAAUCAUUAGUAUUAUCAAACAUAGAUCGACAAUCUUGGACAUUUGUACCCUUAAAUAAUCUUGAUUGAUUUUCACAAUUUUUCAAUUUGAAAUAAUUAUUCAUAUUUCUUACGAUUUUUUUAAUUAUGGUAUUUGAAUAUAAGUCUUAUUAACUAUUUGAAAAAUUUAAAAUUUAAACGAAGACAUAGUUAAAGUAAAUAAUCCAAUAAGAGUUUUAUGAAUCUUGUUGUGCAAGCGCAGCAU